CGCCAUUUUAUGCUGCUGCGCCGGUAUUUAUAUGAGAAGAUAUCCUGUUUAGCUCACUUGCAUAGCCAGCGUAUAGUUUAGUGUCUGCCUACGUAGUAUCUAGUUGCUUUUCAUUAAAGAACGGAAUUAAAAGAAAAAAAGCCACUACUGGUAUUAUUUUUGUAUUUAGUUUAUUUUUAUUGUGUGAGAGAGAAAGAAGUCAUGUCCUCCGAAGCCCCUGAGUAUUCCGCUUUCUUCGCAGUGAUGGGCGCCUCUGCGGCCAUGGUCUUCAGCGCCUUGGGAGCUGCCUAUGGCACAGCGAAGAGUGGCACUGGUAUUGCAGCCAUGUCCGUGAUGAGGCCGGAGCUGAUCAUGAAGUCCAUCAUCCCUGUAGUCAUGGCGGGUAUCAUUGCUAUCUACGGCCUGGUUGUGGCAGUGCUAAUCGCCAAUUCCCUCGCACCAGGCAUCACGCUGUUCAAGAGCUUUCUGCAGCUUGGAGCUGGGCUGAGUGUGGGCCUCAGUGGGCUGGCAGCUGGCUUUGCCAUCGGCAUCGUGGGUGACGCGGGAGUCCGGGGCACAGCACAGCAGCCCAGGUUAUUUGUGGGCAUGAUCCUGAUCCUAAUUUUCGCUGAAGUCUUGGGGCUGUAUGGCCUGAUCGUCGCCCUGAUCCUCUCCACAAAAUAAAUGUCCAUCAGUGCUGCUAAAAAUUAAAAAAAAACAAAAAAAAAAAAAAGCUCCAUAAAUAUUUUGGUCUUAUCUCCACAAUGUGUACAGUUGUCUCAGUUUGGUAGUCAACCUCUUGUAAAUGCGAAAUGUACUUUAGUGAUUAGUCUGUCGUGUGUGUUUUGUAGAGAUCUAGAUCAUUAUUUUAAUUGUUUUUUGCAGGUUAGCCAGGUUAUUUGUCUCUCCAGUGUCUGAGGAAAUUGACUGGGGCUAACCUGGUGGGGCACCAUUUUCAGUUUCCAUUUUGACGUUGAGAGCUAUCUAUACAUGUGUGGAAUAGGCUUGCUUUUUUAUUUGUAUUUUUUCCACAGAUUUUAUUUAUAAAGGUUUGAAGUGGUGCAUAUAAUUGUUUAAAUUGAGCAAAGUCUUUAAUGAAUUCCCCAUGAUAAUAUAUAUAUAUAUAUAUAUAUAUAUAUAUAUCUAUAUAUAUAUAUAUAUAUAUAUAUAUAUAUAUAUAUAUAUCUAUAUAUAUAUAAAUUAUAAAUAUAUCUAUGUAUAGGUAGGUUAUUGCAAUGUGGGUAAUUGUAAAGUGCUUGGAAUUCCAUUGGCUGUAAUUGGUUUAGAAAGGCGAUUGCUGUUAGUGUCAUGGUAUUGGAGUGGGAGUUGUGUGUGAAUUAUUAUAAUGCAGAUAUUCUCAAAACACUUGUAACCUGUUUUCCUGUAGUACAUCUAUGACGAUUUACAUUAAGGUGUGCACCCACUGAUGGGUUUCACAGGUCUAAUAUUUCCAAAUAAAUUUCCUCAACUUCUGUA